AUGUCGACGCUAUAUCCUUGCGAUUCGCCUCUCAAGAUUCAAUGCUAUCUGUAUGACCUGGAAGAGGUUUUUGAAGUGGUAGACAUAUGGUUGAAGAGUACGCCCAUGACAUAUCCCCUGCACUCAGCCCUAAAAUCUGUCUGGAAUAUAGUUAACAAUGAACUUCAGGCCAUCAGAAAUCACCUGUUACCAUCCGGGCUCAUCAGUACCUCAGCCCUGGACAUGUAUUCUCAUUCGAACUAUAAGGAAAGAUCAUACCCAGACCUGAAUGGGACGAUGGACCAAGACCUGCAACACGUCAAGAAUCGCAAUCGGAAGCGUGGAUGGACACCUCAUGAGGAUGAUCGUGCGAUUGCCAGCAUUCCUCGCCGCUCUCCGCGUCUGUCUAAAUCCAUCAAAAAUCCCGUCGGCGUCACUAAAGUUGUAUUUCAGUCUCCUCUUCGCAUCUUCAAAACAAAAAGGCACAGGACGGCUUCGCCUCGAGACGUCUCUCCCUCUAGUCGAACCAACGAAAGUAAAGACCUGGAACAUACGACAAUGUCGUCAACGGUAGAGUCCGACCUUCCCAAGUCACAUUCGCGAGUUAUCUCAACCGAAAUGGCUUCCGUGAUUAAGGAGAUCCACAGACUUGACGCUGUCCCUUCAUCCAUCCCGAUCGGUUUAGCUUCAGACUACAUAGCUUCGAAGAUACAAUUUCCUUGUCAAUUUCCGCCCCCCACUGAUUACGCCAAAGGCGCGCUAUGGGAGCUUAUUGAUAGUGAAUUCCUUAACGUGAUGGGUGCUGAUGUAUUGGAGCGAGGCGACUUACGCCGCGGAAAAUUUGGCACUCUAGGCAUUGUAGAGUGGAUUUUGGACGCACGCGAACAUACCGGUUGGGACGAGAUAUGUGAGGACAUGAUUUCAGGAAAGCUGGAAACCUUGCGCGAUAAGCUCGCCGAGGCGUUAGUCCAGUUCGAAAGUGUUUCUUCGCACACUCCUACAUCAGACUUGCCUGCACAUUCUACAACCACGUCGGUCGGGCGUGAAUCAUCUCCGACUUAUCUGAAAGAUCUACACAAGUGCCACUUCGGAAACAGCAAAUCGAAGUGGAUGGACACUGUUAUGGUUAGUGACUUCUCGUCGUCAGAUGAAGUUCAAUCAUCAUCCCACCCUUCCAACAAGUUCCAACCCGAUGGUAGCCCCAUCAACCGCCUUCAAAUAGACUCGACCGCAUACACCAGUACAACCAGAUUGCCUGCUGCACAUCCAAUGGCAAGAAGUCCAACUCCUCCUUCGGAUGUCGAAUCAGACAAAGCACAACCUCAAGCCCCUGCACCAACACCAAACCAAACGAUCUCUAAAUGUCAACUCGCUGAAAUCCGAAAGUACAAUACACUCCACACGGCCAGAGGCGCAACUCAAUCAACUCCAGAAAGUCAAAUAAAACCCCCAAACACGAGCUGCGCAACUCAUAGACAACAACUUUUAAUCGAAGGACCACGGUACCCAACUGACAUGAAUCAAUCCAUAGCAUCAGGUGAUGUCAUGGUCUCCUUCCUUCGUCGAAAGAUCCUGUUUAAACAUAGCUCACAUAUCCAUUUCUUUGAUAGGUCAAACAAUUACCUCAUCCCACCAUUUCAGAACCUGUUCUCAACCGCGACCGCUUGCCAAAGGUUCUCUGUGGGUACACAAAAUCGACAUAUACCAAAGUAUAUCCGUCGAAAAGAACAACAUGCAGUCAGCUGA